AUGAUCUCCCUCAUCGCUCGGCAUUCUAGAGCGGUUCUGAAAUUAUGGCUAUCAGCAAUAGCACUACAACUGUUUUAUUUCCAGUAUUUCAGAAACAAUGGAGGAAAUUCAUUUUGCUUCGAAGACGCGCAGAAAACUUCGCAUCAAGUCGAAAGUUUUCAAGAAAGCUGGUGUAGAAUUCACCAAGCGCGAGUUCAUUUGGACUCAAUUCUUAAACCAUGUUUCCACAAUAUUUCAUGGAAUGGGCCGUCACCUAAUCGCGAACUUCAGACGGAUGCCACCAAGAGUUUGAUUUCGUUUUUUGACAUCAGGCCUGCGGGUCAGUUCAGUCGUUUCAGCAUUCAAACAAAGACUCGGAAUGGCAAGUUGAAGCACAUUGGCGGCGACUCGUGGCGCGUGUUGCUUCUCGGUCCGGCCACCGUGUCACCUACAAUGUUUGAUCACGGAAAUGGAACAUACGAGUUCUUGUUUCUUGUUAUGGACCCAGGGGUCUAUAAGUUGGAUAUCACUCUGGACUAUAGCUUAUGUGACGGAUAUCGAGAACCCCCGAAAAACUGGUUUAUAGUUGGGAAUUCGCAUGGUAAAUUACAGAAAGAAGGAAUGCUUGGAAAGAACCGAGCCAGAGAUGAUUACCUUCUUCAACGCUUUCAAGAUGGAAAGCUUAUUAUGAUCAACAUUCCGUUACCUACAGCUGGAGGAACCUAUUUAAUAAACAGACUAAACAGGCAAUCAAAAAUGAAUUCACGGAGGGUAAGUUUCCUCCCAGACUUUGACUUGACCUGUGGAGUGAAGUGUAACUUCAUGUGGGAUGGGUUUGGGAGGUGGCUUGGCAAAAAUUGGAGACCUUACCUCACAG